AUGCACGCCCUCCUCCUCCUGCUCGUGCUGCUACUCGCGCCCGCGCACGCCGCCCUGCGCGAGUAUGCCUGGACCGUCUCGCUGGCGCCGGUCUCGGCAGACGGCGGGCAGUCGCCGCCGCCUCUGCACCCGGUGGUGAACGGGCGGCAGCCGGGCACGCUGCUGCGUGCCCGCGUCAACGACACCGUCGUGCUGCGCGUCUACAACGCCCUCCCGAGCGCCGUCACGUCGCUGCACUGGCACGGCGUCAAGCAGGUGGGCACGCCGCACGCGGACGGCCUGCCCGGCGUCUCCCAGUGCGGCAUCGCCCCGGGGCAGACCUUCGAGUACCGCUUCCGCGUCGACCGCCCGGGCACGCUCUGGUGGCACUCGCACUCCGCCAUGCAGAAGAUGACCAUGUCCGGCGCCAUCGUCGUGCAUGGCGACGAGAGCGUGGUGGGCGACUACCCCGAGAGAGUCCUGGUCUUGGGCGAGUGGUGGCACCGCGACCAGCGCGAGAUGAGCGAGGGGCUGAAGAAGCCCGUGCCUGACUUCGAGUGGGUCGGCGACGCCGACAGCCUGCUGAUCAAUGGCCGCGCCGUCUUCGACUGUGACGUGCGCAAGGGCGAGUGCGGCGAUGAUGCCAAACGCCUUAGCGUCCUGCACGUCGACCCCGGGGUCACGUACAGGGUGCGCGUCAUCGGCGCCCAGGCCCUCGCUCUGCUCAACUUGCACUUUGACGCCCACGUCAUGCGCGUCGUCGAGGUCGAGUCCACACUCGUCAGGCCGUUCAACACCGACGCGCUUGAUGUCACGUCUGGGCAGUCGUAUAGCGUCUUGCUGCGGACGUUCUGGAUCCGCACGACGGUCCGCCACCGGGGCAGCGACAAGGAAGGGCUGGCCAUUCUGCGCUAUUCCACAGCAGACGCCAAUGCGACGCUGCCGAUGCGCACGCCGCGGCGCGCCCCAGAACGCGAUGACAUCGAAUGGUCUCUGCGCCACGUGCGGCGCUUCAAGUCGCGCUUCCCCGUGGACCUCCCGCCGGCGACUCGGCAGCUCUCCAUCCUCGGCACGCAGAACCAACAGGCGGACGGGACGCUGCUGUGGGCGGUCAACAACAUUUCUUUCAUCAAGCGCCCCACGCCGCUGCUGCACGCCAUGCAGUUUGGGCUUCGCGAGGAGACGAAGCAAUGGAUUGAGCAGAGCCGCAUCCCUAACGAGUUCGACUUCAACCAGACGCUCGGCGACCUCAAUCUGUCCACAGCGACGAAGACAGGCACGCAUGUCAUCAAGCUGCGCAAGGAUGAGGUCGUGGACAUCGUGUUCCAGAACACGCGGGCGUUGAACGGCGCUGAAGAAGUACACCCGUGGCAUAUUCAUAUGCACAAUUUCUGGGUCCUAGCAUACGGCGACUAUCAGACGACGUGGAAGCCCCGCGAUCGCGCGUCGUACGAUUUGAGAUACCCCGUCAGCCGCAACACGUUCACGCUGUACCCGGGCGGGUGGACUGUUGUACGCCUCAAGGCGGAUAACCCGGGGAUAAUAUUUUUCCGUAAGUUUGGGGCGCGCGUGCGCGCGGUGGAGGGAAUGGAUUGA